UUUUCGAGAAAGCAUCGAAAAAACAAUGAAACACCACAAACACCCGAUGUUUCAACACCUACUUGGAAAAGUAUCCCACAAAGCCCUUGACUUGUUGCAUGGAGAGGCAAUUAGGAGGCUAGAUGUCUUGGAGCGCUUUAAUUCAUCAUGUGGUUGCCAAAUGUGGCACAGCUGUGGGUUGCCCUGUGCUUGUAGGAUAGAAAAGUACAUGCGUGAAGAGCGUCCGAUUCAACUCGAAGACAUAGACGUCUUCUGGCGGAAACUUAACUUCCAAAGUUGUAAAUUGAUAGACGACUCCCUUGACGUGGUCGAAGAGCUAGAUGUUGUUAGACAACAAUUACAGUCGCACCCUCCAGCUCAGCAAAAAAGCCUGCUUUCAAAGAUUAAAGCGGUGUUGACUCCAACGAAAUCUACCAAGAAACCACCGGUUGUCCAACAAAAUACUCGUGGCCGACCAACAACAAAGCAGGUACAAGAAAGGUUGGACGAGGCCUCUCGUAUAGAUGAAGAAUUGAGGAGAAGCUCCUUCGGUGAUGCAAACACGUGCUUUGAAGGUUCACGACAAAGUAAGUACGAUAAACCUCGCCACAGCUCGUACGUUCCGUCUCAAGCCUCACAACAGUCGGUUAUAAGGUCCCAAAAACCCAAAGCGACCCUAAGCCGUUCAAAGAGUUCUAAGAAGAAAGAGACACGAGAUGAUCACGGUUUUCCUUUAAUCAUUGGGGACGAGUACGUGGGAAUCAUCGAACGGUUUAAGUCUGACAUUCCGCCAGUGUUCCAUCCGUACGUCUCGUGCAUACGAGAUGUGAUGCCGGACGGUCAUUGUGGGUUUCGGUCUGUGGCUGUGGGCUUAGGGAUGGAUCAGAGUUCAUGGGGGCGUAUUAGAAGGGACCUUGUCCAAGAAAUGGAUCAGAACGAAUCGAUCUGGUUCCCAAUAUUUGAAGCAUGGGCUGCAGGUUAUUUUUACACGCAUCGUCAGGGCCUAAUUUGGGAUUCAGUGGCCGGUUGUGGGGAGAAUCACUGGAUGGACUUCCCCUUUGCAGGACUUCUUAUUGCACAAACGUACGGUAUCGGGGUGCACCUGUUAACGACAACCAUGGGUGCGAGUUCCACUUACUUCCCAAUACUAAGUCCUCCGGCUAAUCAACAACCAUUAUUCAUAACGCUUACACAUGUUAACGAGAACCACUUCAUACAUGUUAAGCUGGAAGGGGAUUAUCCUAUGCCACCAGCACACGGGCUAUGGUUGACCCACCGAAGACCCCACACAGAACAAUGGGAAGAUAUGUACUUGCCACGUCUAGAAUGGUAUACAUCGAUAAUGAAUCCUCGACCAAGAUCAAACCCCAGUCUUAAUUACAUAGAUAGUUACACGGAAGAAUGAUUUUUGUAAUUAAUAGUAUUUUUUUGGAAUUAAUAGAAUUUUUUUGUAA